UGCGCAUGCGCAUAACCCACCUCACGCUGACAUUGAGAACACAGGCACAUUUCCUCAGUUUUACUCUCGGAUUACUAAACAGGUCCAUCAUGGUCCUCGGAAAGCGCAUCGCUGAUGCGGGAUACAAGAUCUUCUCGGGCUCAAUGAUGCUGUUGACAGUAUAUGGUGGAUAUCUGUGCGUCCUCCGGGCUAAGAGAUACAUGGACAAACAGAACCAACUACAGCUGGAGGCACCAAACCAAAGCACAGAUUCAGAAGCCAUCAAAGACUGAGACAUCUUUACAUUUAUCAUGUCAAGUGUGUGUGUGACUCUAAAUGUGGCAACGAAGAUGAUGUAGAUAGAAACAGGAUCUGCUUUUUGUGAGGUUCUCAAUGAAAGUGUUGCUAUGGAAACAUCCUGUCCAUUUUAUGUUGUAAUAUAUUAAAAAUAAAGUAUCUUGUAUAAUAAGAUCAUCAUGA